AAGCUCCGCAUGCUCGCAGCUAUCGCAGCCGCGCUCCGCUCCACCCUUCGAGCAAUUCCAGUCUCGCAUGGCUCUUCAAAUUCUGUUAACAGGGUCGGGGAUUGAGAGUUUUAAUUUGAUUGUGCUCCUCCGGCGAAUCGUCGAUUUGGGUCGCGGAUUUUCCGAGCAAAGCCAGCGAGACCAACCCGUCGGCGUGGGUCUCACGCGGCAUUGACACCAGUUUUCUUCUCAGCAUCACCAUGAUGCUGAAGCAGUGUUGAAGGAGUAGGGUUUUCCCUUUUGUGGGUUCGAGGAUUGAAUGCCCAGUAUGCAGAUGACCGCAAUUUCAACGUGGUGCGCUCUUGGAUUGCGAACAGCCAUGACGGGCGCCAUGAAAUCGCAGGCUGUAGAAGGGGGUAUCCAUGUACACUCUAAAAUUCUCUGCAGUCACCUAGUGCACGGAACUUUGAUUUCAACCUUGAGCAUGUGGAAGCCUAACCAUUCCAUUAGAUGUCUCCAACUUCAAACAGGUGCCAGAAAUAAAUUGUCGCCCUGUCUGCUAAACAGCACUAGGUUCUGCAACUACGCUACUCUGGCUGCAACAGGUUCUGUCGCUGUUCCUCAAGAAAUAUCUUCUUCACUAAAUUCCAUCGUUCCCGACUCUCCUCCACCUUCUCAAUCCGAUCUGCAACGCUUGUAUGAUUUUGUGAACGACAGCAAAAGAUUAGUUGUUAUAACUGGGGCUGGCACAAGCACAGAGUGUGGUAUUCCUGACUAUCGAAGUCCACAUGGAGCUUACAGUAGCGGGUUCAAGCCGAUGACUCACCAGGAUUUCAUAAGUUCAGAACAAAACCGCAGACGGUAUUGGGCUCGUAGUUAUGCUGGAUGGAGGCGUUUCAUUAGUGCGAACCCUGGACCCACAUACCUCUCCCUCGCUCAGCUAGAGGCGAAAGGGCGUGUGAAAGGCAUGAUAACGCAGAACGUUGACAGGUUACAUUAUAAAGCUGGCAGCAAACCGAUUGAGCUUCAUGGAACUACUCAUGAAGUAAUCUGUUUAGAUUGUGGCGAUAUGUCUGACCGCUAUCUCUUUCAAAACAGAGUGAAGAAGUUGAAUCCUGAGUGGGCGAAGGCUGUAGAAGCUUUGGAAUCAGGCCAACCAGGAUCAGAUGCUAGCUUUGGCAUGCGGAUCCGUCCUGACGGUGACUUGGACAUUCAUGAAAAGUUCUUUCGGAAGGGGAACUUCAUCAUUCCCGAGUGCAAGAAAUGCAAUGGCACUCUCAAACCCAAUGUUGUGUUUUUUGGUGACAAUGUUCCAAAGCCACGAGUAGAUCUUUGCAUGUCGCUAGCACGCUCAGCUGAUGCGUUGCUGGUGGUGGGUUCGUCUGUGAUGACUAUGUCAGCCUUGCGUCUGGUCAGGGCUGCUGCUGACAUGGGCUCACCAAUUGCGAUUUUGAAUAUCGGUCCUACACGGGCUGAUGACUUGGCUCACUUCAAAAUAAAUGCUCGCUCUGGAGAGGUAUUGCCCCGGCUCCUGAACAUGGGUUCCAUGAGUGUGCCUACUUCGUAAUACUCGGCUGAAUUUGUUCGACAUUAUUGGGGCGGUUAUUUAAGUGGUGGAUGAGCUCAUGAAGGAGUGGCCAGACCUGAGGAAAGGAGACAAGGAACUCUAUGACUGCAGGAUUGUGUUGAGUUUUUCAGCUGGUUUUUUGCACAUCUUAUGAAACUUGAGCCUGGCUUUCAAUUUCAAAGUUCCAAUUGCACCUGUAAUUUUCAGUAGCAAACUUAAUUUCAUACUCAGUUGUCACGCAUGAGUGAUAUAGUCAGUUUGUCUUAAUACAUCUGCAUACCACUGAGAAUUUAUGUGUUCUCCCUCAAGCUCGGGAGUAGAGUAGAAAUGGGUCACACCUGCCCUGUUACGGUUAGUUAAUGUAAAGCGAGUUAAUGUGGCUUCUAAAGAAGCCAAUCUUGGAAGCCCUCGUCAAUCCUUUCCCUGUCAAAACCCCGAUUUCGGCAGAUUUUGAUCCUAUGUUCAAACAAUCUGAACUUAUGUUCUACUUUGAAAGUUAUUCAAUGAAUAUUUAUUUAUAUAUUUAUUUA